CAUACGUGUGUACAAAAAUGCAUUCUAAAAGAAAAGAGAGUGCAAGGUCUCGAGUUCGAGCCUUGUGUAUGGAGCAAACGGCGCUGGGAGAGCCACUCCCUUGUGGGUCCGACAGUGCUCGCUUCCGGAUUAGUUGGGUUACCUGUAUACCGGAAGAUUUGAAAGGGAAAAUUAAGGGCAGAGUCUGAGCAAAGAAGAAAUGCGUCGUCCCACUUUUGGACAUUCUUUCGCCGUGUUCGUGGCUCCGAUCCUAAUCUCCGUGCUCGCGUUCUAUUAUCUCAACAAGAAGAAAAUUAGCGUUCGUAGAAAUGCAGAAGAUGCUAAUAUCGGCGCAUCUCGUCCAUCAAUUGCGCCAACAAAAACUACUUCCGUUGCAUCUAGUUCGUCGACCGAACCAACAGAAACUAAUAAUGGUGCAUCUAGUUCAUCAAUUUCGCCGACUGGAGACCGCUACGACGUGUUCUUGAGCUUUCAAGGCACAGAUAUUGAAGAAGGUUUCAUCGAGCACCUCUACAACAGGCUUAUCGAUGCUGGAAUUCGUGCUUUUAGAGACGACAACGACAUCCGCCAAGGCCCAGAUCUUUUGGCAGCCAUCAAGAACAGUAAGAUCUUGAUCCCGAUUCUUUCUACGAAUUAUGGUUCGAGCAAAUGGUGUCUAGAUGAACUGGUUCAAAUAAUGGAGCGCAAGAAUUAUUACAUGGGGCAGGUAGUGCUGCCUGUAUUCUACAAAGUGAAACCAGCUGAUGUGCGAUCUCAAAUCGGGAGUGUUGGAGAAGCUUUUCAUCCGAGUGAGAGGUCUAUCGACCCAGUGAUUUUGCGGGGAUGGAAACAAGCACUCAUGGAAGUUAGUUUCUUGAAAGGAUGGGAAGCCAAAGGAUAUGAAGGACAAUUAGUGAAUUUGAUUGUCCACAGAGUGUUGGGCGAGCUGAAAGAGUUUGAGUUAGUUCUUCCGGAGAAUGUGGUUGGAAUUGAUAGUCAGCUGAAGAAGGUUAUGGCAUUUGUACAUGAUAAGAAUCAAUCUUUGAUUCUAUUUAGUAGAUAUGCAUUUGGAAGGAACUCUCCUCCAAGUGAAUUUGAGGACCUCUCUCGUGAUGUUGUAUCCUCCACCACAGGGCUUCCCUUACAUCUCGAGGUUAUAGGUUCAUUUUCGUGCGGAAAAGAGCCAGAAAUAUGGAGAGAUAUGAUUAACAAGUUAAGAGAAGUCCCUCAUGAAGUGCGAGAAAAGUUAAUGAUAAGUUAUGAAGCAUUGGAGCCUGAACAAAAACAAAUAUUUUUGGAUAUUGCUUGUUUUUUCAUUGGCACUGAUGUAAGGAUCGCAUCCUACAUGUGGAACGCCUGUGGAUUUUUUCCAGAGAAGGGAAUUGAAGUAUUGAGAUGUAUGUCAUUAAUAGAAGUUGGAGAUAAGCAUGAGCUCAUAAUGCAUAACCAAUUAAGAGAUCUUGGUAGGGAAAUUGUUCAUAAGGAAAACCGGAAGGAGCCUCAGUUUCGUAGCAGGUUAUGGGACUCCGAGGAAAUCUUGACAGUGCUAAAGGAAAAUAAGGGAACAGAUAAGAUUGAGGCCAUUUAUCUUAGCGAAGAUAGCUCAGAAGGCUCAUGCGAAAUAGUUGAUCAAGGCGGCAAUAUCCACCCAGACGAACAAUUCAAGAAUUUAAGGAGCCUAAGGUUUCUUCACGUGAGUGGGGCACAUUUGAGUGGAGAUUUUAAGAACUCAAUGGAGGAGUUAAGAUGGCUACAAUGGUGGAAUUGUCCCUCGACUUUUGAAGCAAACAAUUUUCAUGUAAAGGAAUUAGUUAUACUUGAUUUGUCAAGAAGCAACAUUUCAGAUGACUGGCAAGGAUGGAAUUCCAUUAGGAUGGCAGAGAAGCUAAAAGUUCUCGACCUUACGAGUUGUCAAUCCUUGAGAAGUACUAUAUUCCUCUCAGCCUUUAACAAUUUGGAGGUUCUAAUACUCCGAGGUUGCGAGGAAGUGGAGCAAAUUGACUCUUCAAUUGGAGAUAUGAAGUAUAUGAAGGUUUUAGAUGCUGAAAAUUGCGAAAACUUAGCCGAAAUUCAAGGACUCAAUAGGUUGGAGUUCUUAGAAGAGUUGAAUAUCUCUGGGUGUGUUUCAAUUGAAAGGCUAGACCUUCCAAAAUCCAAGGGUAUGAAGAAAUUAGAUACUGGAAAUUGCAAAAACUUGGUCGAAAUUCAAGGCAUUGAUAAGUUGGAGUUCUUGGAACUGCUGAAUAUCUCUGGGUGCACUUCACUUGAAUGGCUGGACCUUCCAAAAUUCAAGGGUCUGAAGAUAUUAGAUACUCGAUAUUGUGAAAACUUAGUUAGAAUUCAAGGUCUCGAUAGGUUGAAGUUCUUGCAAAAGUUGGAUAUCUCUUUGUGCGCUUCAAUUGAAAGACUGGAACUUCCUAAAUCUGAGGGUUUGAAGAAAUUAGAUAUUGAAAAUUGUGAAAACUUAGUCGAAAUUCAAGGCCUCAAUAGGUUGGAGUACUUGGAAGAGCUACACAUCUCUGGAUGCGCUUCAAUUGGAAGGCUAAACCUUAAAAACUCUAAGGGUCUGAAGAUUUUAGCCGCUCAAUAUUGCGAAAACCUAGUUGAAGUUCAAGGCCUUAAUAGGUUGAAUUUCUUGGAAGAACUGAAUAUCUCUGGGUGCGAUUCAAUUGAAAGGUUAGACCUUCCAAUUUAUGAGGGUAUGAAGAAAUUAGAUGCUGGAAAUUGUGAAAGCUUGGUCGAUAUACAAGGCCUCGAUAGGUUGGAAUUCUUGGAAGUGCUGAAUAUCUCCGGGUGUGCUUCAAUCGAAAGGCUGGACCUCCCAAAUUCCUUGGUUCUAAAGAAAUUACAUGCUCAAAAUUGCAAAAACUUAGUUGAAAUUCAAGGUCUCGAUAGGUUGGAAUUCUUAGAAAAGUUGAACAUCUUUGGGUGCACUUCAAUUGAAAGGUUGGAUCUGCCAAAUUCCGAGGGUUUGAAGAUAUUAGAUGCUGAAAAUUGCGAGAACUUAGUUGAAAUUCAAGGGCUCGAUAAGUUGGAGUUCUUGGAAGAGUUAUAUAUUUCCGAGGGUGCUUCAAUUGAAAACCUAGACCUUUCAAAUUCCAAAUGUCUAAAGAUAUUAACUGCUCGAUAUUGCGAAAACUUAGUUGAAAUUCAUGGCCUCGAUGGGUUGAAGUUCUUGGGAGAGUUGAAUAUCUUUGGUUGUGCUUCAAUUGAAAGGCUGGACCUUCCAAAUUCUGUGGUUAUGAAGAUAUUAGAUGUUGAAAAUUGCAAGAGCUUAGUCGAACUUCAAGGGCUCGAUAGGUUGGAGUUCUUGGAAAAACUGAAUAUCUCUGGGUGCGUUUCAAUUGAAAAGCUAGACCUCCCAAAUUCCGAGGUUCUAAAGAAAUUAUAUGCUGAAAAUUGCGAGAGCUUAGUUGAAAUUCAAGGCCUCAAUAGGUUGGAGUUCUUGGAAGAGCUAUAUAUAUCUGGGUGCGCUUCAAUUAAAACGCUGGACCUUCCAAAAUCCAAGGGUCUGAAGAUAUUAGAUGCUGAGAAUUGCGAGAACAUUAUCGAAAUUCAAGGGCUCGAUAAGUUAGAGUUCUUGGAAGAGUUGUAUAUCUCUGGAUGUACUUCAAUUAAAAGGUUAGACCUUUCAAAAUCCAAGGGUCUGAGAAUAUUAAUUGCUCGACAUUGCGAAAAUUUAGUUGGAAUUCAAGGCUUCGAUAGGUUGAAGUUCUUGGAAGAUCUGGAUAUCUUUGGGUGUGCUUCAAUUGAAAGGUAGGGUUUGAAUGAAAUUAUAUGUUGAAAAUUGCGAAACGUAAUUGAGAUUCUAGGGCUCAAUAGGUUGGAGUUCUUGGAAUAGUUGAAUAUGUUUGGCUGCGAUUCAAUUGAAAGGCUGAAACUUCCAAAAACCAAGGGGUUUGAACAUAUUAGAUGCUUGAUAUUACAAUUUACUUGAAAUUCAAGGCCUCGAUAGGUUGGAGUCCUUGGAUGUGCUGAAUAUCUCCGGGCAUUUUCACUUGAAAGUUUGGUCCCUCCAAAAUUCGAGGGUCUGAAGAUAUUAGGUGCUAAAAAUUGCGAAAACUUAUUUGAAGUUUAAGGUCUCCAUAGAUUGGAGUUCUUGAAAGGUCUAGAUAUCUCUGCAGUUCUAUUGAAUGGCUGGACCUUUCAAAAUUCAUGGGCACGAAGAUAUUAGCUGCUCAACAUUGUAAAGGUUCAUCCAAAAUUCAAGACCUCGAUGGAUGGAGUUCUUGGAAAUGAUGAAUAUCUCUGGGUGCACUUCCUUUGGAAGGUUACGAGAUUUAUGUUGCUUGACACCUUGACGAAAUUAACAAUUAACUGCUAUGACAAGCUUCAUGUUAUUCAGAUCCUAGAGAGAUUCCCAUCCUGCACAAGUUUAUGGAUUGAGGAUUGCAAGUCCUCAGUAAAAUUACCCAACUUAGUCAAAUUUUCAUAAUUUACGGAAAUUGUUUGUGUCGAAUCGUCAUAAACUUUGGGAGAUCGCAGGGCUUGAGGAGUCAACAUCUCUAGAACGCAAUGCUAUCUCAAGAUGUCCCUCGAUUGAGAUCUUACCCGAUUUGUCAUUGUAUACCAACUUGACCAGUCUCAAUGUCCAAAAUUGCAUAAACUGACUGAGCUCCGAGGGCUCAAGAAAUUGGAGCAACUAGUGGAAUUGGGCAAUUCUGGAUGCAAGUCACUCAAAACGAUACAAGAAUUAUCUGGAACACGGCUUUAUUGCAAUUAUGAGAAAAAAGGAUUUGA